AUGGGGUGCGCGUCGUCGAGCGCGCCGCGCGUCGACGCGCCGCGCGCCGCGGACGACGUCGAGACGGCCGACGCGACGCUCGGCGGCGCGAACGCCAUCGAUUCGUGGCGCCUGCCGACGACGCCGUACGCCGUGGGCGACGACGCCGACGCGCUGUGCACGCGCGACGCGCUCGCGAGGCGACGGGAUGAGUUUUGGGACACGGCGAGCGCGUACGGGGGGUCGAGCGAGGUGUGGGGGGCGCUGCGGGCGUGCUGCGAGGGGCGAUUCGACGAGGAAACGUCGCGCGAGGUGCUGCGAGCGAGCGGCGCGGUGAGCUGCGACGCGCGAUUGGCGGUGACGUUCGACGCGCUGGGACGGCGGUACGCGCUGCCGGCGUUCGUGCGAGGGACGCCGGAUAGGUUCGAGGAGGAUGGGUGA